AUGUGGGAAUGCCACGGGGCACCCCGCCGGGAAGGGAGGCGGGGGAGCACCGGCCGGGGGGCAGGUGUUGUGCCCUUCGUGGCCUUGCUCCUGCUGCAGCGGAGGCCGGUGGCUGGCCGGGCACUGCUGGUGACAGGCUCUGGCUGCCCGGGGCACGGCUUGUGCCGCUCCAACGUGCAGGAGCAGACCCGCAGACAAGUUGCGCUGCUCAACGCCACCGCCCAGGACCUCUUCAGCCUCUAUCUGAAGUGCCAGGGAGAGCCAUUCAGCAGCGAGACCGACAAGCUCUGCAACCCCAACGGCAUCGUCUUCCCUGCCUUCCGGGUCAACCGGACCAGCGAGAGGAAGGAGGUGAUGGUGGCCAUGUACAAGCUCUUCGCCUUCCUCAACGCCUCGCUGGGGAACAUCACCCGCGACCAGGAGGAGCUCAACCCCACGGCCAAGGAGCUCCUUGACCGGCUCCACAACACCACCAAGACCACCCGGGGCCUCAUCUCCAACCUCACCUGCCUCCUCUGCAAGAACUACAACAUCUUCCAUGUGGACGUCAGCUACGGGGAGAGCUCCAAGGACAAGAGCUCCUUCAAGAAGAAGCAGCAGGGCUGCCAGGUGCUCAGGAAGUACGUGCAGGUCAUCGCCCAGGCAGCCCGUGUCCUCCUACCUCAUCUCAGCCCCCCGUGAGCGCCCGCUCCGGCUCCUCUGCCUCCCCCUGACCACUGCCUCCUGGGCUCCUGCAUUCCUAUUUAUUACCUCGGACCUUGCACUGGCCCCAUCCACCCUCCGGUAAUUUAUUUGGCCCUUGGGGGAGUGAACGUCGCAGCCCGGUGUGUCCUGGGCGGAGCAGAGCCGGGGCCGGAUCCAGCAGGAUGAGGCAGCACAGCGCUGGGGCGAUGUCAGGGCACAGGCUGCUCCUGGGACAUGCCUCAGCUGUCCCCACUCUCCUGCGGGAUGCAGAGCUGCAGGUGCUGCGAGAGGCUGCUGGUGGGGCUGGACUCCAUGGCCAAGCUCUUCUGUCAUGGAGAACAACCUGAUGGACAUCCCUGAGCAUCAUCCCAAAGCCUCCACUUCUCUUGGAAAAAGGAUCGGGAUGAAGGAAGGCCACCAGGAUGCUGCGACAGGCGGAGACGGGGGGGACAUGCUGCCCCUGAACUUUCUGAGGCUGGGCUCCCCCAAAAGGAGCCGAACCGAGGGUACUAAGGGUGGCUGCGGCGGCUGGGGCUGGCUCCUGCCGUCUAGGAUGAGACCACCCACCGGGGGACAGAGCCGAUGGCUGUCCCAGCAGGGAGGAUUGCUGCCCCCCCGCCGCAGGCACAGCGGGGUGCUGAGGGCCUGUCCCUCCCCCUUCCCAUCGGAAGGGCUCUGAAUGUACCAGCGGCCAAGGGCUGGGCUUGGCACGGCCUAACUUAGCCCCUUCGCAGGGACACGGGGACGCAGGGGCAUGGGGACUCGGGGCCAGGGUCCCAGGCUGGUGGCAGGAGGCGCUGGCUCGCUCCUGGCACCAGGGUGGGCUGUGAGGGUUAUUUAUUGCCUUGGUGGAAAGCCCAACGUGCACUGAGUGCUCUGCCCCGACUUUUAAUAACGUUAUUAAUAAUAAUAAUUAAUGCUGAGAUUUGUGGUAAUAUAUAGAGAGAGGAUUCUAUUUAAAUAUUUAUUUUUUUAUACUCCUUUGCCCCCUUUUUUAAGAAAA